GCGAUCGGGGCGCUGGAGGCGGGGCGCAAGGGCGCGAUCCGGUCCUUCGGCGCGCAGGAGUCGCCGCUCCAGAUCGCGUUCCGAGCCUGCGGGCGAUCGAUCCGCGGUCUGCGCGCGACCACCGUCUCGACCGGGGACCAGGUCUAUCGCGAGGAUGUGGUGUGGUGCACCUUUCUCCACGGGCUGUUUGAGGUAUGCUACUGUUAUUGUUGCUAUUGUUGUUGUUGUUGUUGUUGUUGCUGUUGCUGCUGCGCGACCAAAUCCGGGCGAUGCAUGAACUAAUUAGGGCACGCACGCAGCUGAUGGCCGAGAGCUCGGGCGACUCGUUCGCACCGCACGUGGUGUUCGGGACGUCUUGCGUGCUUGCGCUGCUGGAGCCCACCACAAGCCCGCUCUCGCCGGCCACGAAGAGCCUGAUUGAUGCGCUCGGGAUCCUCGAGAGCCACCGAGCCAUCCUCUACGGCGACACUGCCACCCUGGAUCCAGCCAGAUUUGCCAUCCACCAAUCCCCACCCCAGCCGAUCCGGCCAGACCCUCCAGACCCUGGGCGGGCGAUCCUCAAGCUCAUGGUCCAGACGACGAACUUCGCGAAACGACUAUUCGACGAGAUCGAGGCCAUCGAUCCGGACCGCAGACCCUCAGAGCCAAGAUUAGACGCCCGCGCCCGCGCCGGGCUCGCGAUCCGAGAAGCGCUUCUGAAUGGGCGAGACGAAGCAACGACAAGCUUGCGGAGACCGCGUCCGAUCGAGCCUUCCACACAGUUAGCCGUCGUCCUCAACCACGCUCUGGAGCUCUACCACUGCAUGAACUUCACCUUCUACCCCUGCUGGUCGACGAGGACCGUCCCCCGGCUGACGCAGAGGGAAGUCGACGCGAACGUCGCGGCAAUCCUGCAUCGGUCGGGGUGGCUUCUCGCGGAUACGGACAUCCCGGCGGUGCUCCUGCUCUUCCCGGUGCGGAUGGCCGGAGCCCAUGCUUCCGGGCAACACGCCCGGGAGAGGGUGUUGGAUACGAUCCGCAUGAUCCGGCAGAAGGGCUUCGUCGUUGCGGAUAGGAUUGAGGUGGAUUUGCAUGAGGUUUGGGCGUAUGAGGAGGGGGCGGGAGAGCUAUAAACUAAGACAAGUAUAAACUAAUACAGGUAUAAACUAAGACAAAUAAUAUAAUUAGUAGUUCCCGUAGACAAAACCUUCUAAUACUACUUGAUAGAGUUGAUUUUAGCUAUGGGUUAAGCUUUUGACAUGAAAUACAGCUUAAAAAGCUAUGAAUAAACAUAAAAAUAAA